GGCGGCCAGGAACGGCGGCGACGCGGCAGCCGGUGCUGUGCCGGAGGCCCAGCAGGUCGCCGUGGUGGACAGGGGCGGCUGGUACAAGUGGUGCUCGUGGACCGGCUUGGCCGCUGUGCCGCCGCCGCAGACGUGCGACUGCUGUGGGCGCGAGGCGGCGAGCGGCCGCCGCGACGCCGUGGCCGACGAGUGGUUCUGCGACCGCUGCUGGGAAAAAUGGGCCGCCGUCAACGAGGGACUCCGCGGGGAGCUCCCAGCGCGCUGGUUUGUUCAAGGGGGCCAGAGGUGGGCCUGGGCCGCCCCGGGGGCGAACACCAGCGGCUUCAUCGAGUUCUCCAGGGGUGGCCGCCUGGACACCACGUGGGGCGCUGGCACGUGGAGGGUGGACGGCGAGGAGAUGGAGGUGUACGUGCGCCCCGUUGUGCACGAGUGGAUCUACAGCACGAUCGACAACGUUUUGGUUGCGUUCGGCUACCCUCAGCAGCUGUGGAGGUUGCGGCGGACCAGACGCGGCUUCAGGUGCGCCCCCCCCCGGGCCAGCGACGAGGACUGCACCCGCGGGUGGCCGCUCUACGGGGUCGCCGCCCGGGAGCUGCCGCCGGGGCCUCUCGUGGAGACGGGGCCAGGGCGGGCCGCGGCUGUGGGAAUUCUUCCGACUCCCAGCCGCGGCGCUGCUGCGGCGCCUGGCCGCGCAGGGCCGGUCCGCGCGGCAGGCCGGGCCGCGGGCUGGCCGCGGGGCAGCCGACUCUGUCCUCCUCCCUCCCCUCACCUUCUCGCUCCCUGUCCUCCUCCUGCCAGGGGAAUGAGGAGGCGCAGGA